CAACUGCAUUUAAACGCGGGCGCUGCUUGACCGGCGGGACGCCGGCGCCCUCUCCAACCGCGCAUCUCUCCAGUCACGGGCCCUGCCGUACGUGCGUAGUGCCUUUCCCCGGCGGCGACGGCGCCUCCAUCCAUUCGCCGAUCCCGUGUAGUCGUGUCGUGUCACGCGGCCCGUCAUCAAGUACCGACCGCGUCGUCGUCUUCGAUCUCGCUUUGGUGCAGGAAUCUGAAAGGGCGGCGAUGGGGAAGCUGGCGAGGCUGGUGGACGGCAUCAAGGAGAAGCUGGCCGGCGCCGGCGCCGGCGCCGGGGGCAAGGCCAGCAAGGCGGUGUGCUACGACAAGGUGGACAAGACGGAGAGCAUGAGGGUGGAGAUCAGGAGCCGCCGCGCGCGCCAGCUCAUCGCCGAGAACCUCGCCGCCGCCGACGACAUCGCGGGGUGCCGCCCCCGGGCCGGCGCCGGCGGGGGCAAGAAGAAGAACAAGAAGAAGCGGUUCUUCGGCUUCUGAUCGGCACGAUCGCCGGUCGAUCGACGCCCGGUUCCGUUUGCCUUCGAUCUUGUCGUGAAUAAUCUUGUUGAUCAUCCGUGUAGGUGUAGCUACCUGUAGAUUUCAGAAGCUAUCCGUGCGUGAGCACGCGCCUUGAGCAUUCUCUCAUGGGAGGAACUGAAAUCCUGGUCCGUUCCUGAUUAAGAGUGAAUCGAAAUGGAUUGUGCAAAUUUCUGCAGGUAGAGGUGUAGAUCGAUCAUGAGUGGAUUCGGGUACAUUUAUGACUGUGGAUAGAUUGGCUGUCUA